CAUCGGCGAUGCAGAAUCGGGAAGGACAAGUCUGUCUAUGUUCAAGUCCGAGCACUGUCGGUUUAAGAAUUUGCCUGCCGAUCCUGUCAUUUCCCAACAUUGGAUGGAUGAUCUUUGCCCUGGUGCUCUUCUCCGUUCCCGUCAGCUCCCGCACUUGGCGAUUGGACGAACCGCCAAAGCCCCCCACGAGUCCUUCCCGCAGCGUCCCACCCCUGCAGCGAAAGAGCCCUAACCGACCACAGGAUUCCAUGCCCAGCCAUCCACUCUCCGCCCGUCGCCCAAUGUGACCGUCUUUGCGCCGACACCUCGCAUCAUCCUCCUCCUCCUCAGCGUGGAGGUGCUGCUGUGAGGAGGAGUGGGACAGAGGGGACACAUCAGGGCCACCUAGGAGGAGCCGGACGCUAGGCCGGCAACGGCAAAAAACGACUCCUCCACCAAUGGAUUGGGGGCCGGCGUGCGGUCAGGAAACGUCACAGUCCAGGCUUCCCCGGUUGAUAUUAUGGCCAAGAUCGGCAAUAAUGGCUUUGUGUGCUGGUGAUAAAUGAGGGAGGUUGUCCCCGUCUCUCUGCUCGAGGCAAGCUUGUUUCGAGAACAAUCACGCCGGACCCGACCCGAGGGCUUUCUUUGUUGCAGCAAACAAUAAUAAAGGGAGUUUUCUUCCCGCUACCGUAGGCCUUGGAGGAAUCAUCAGACACAGUUCGUUUUCUCUACUACCACCCCCCCAGACAAACCACACUCUUUCACAACCUGCCAUGCUCGCCAUCUUCUCCUCCCGGCGCCGGCCCUCGGCCGGCGUCACCCUGCUGGCCCUGGCCGCCACCCUCCUCACCCUCCUCGUCUCGCCGGCCGCGGCCGCGACCAAGAUCCGCAACGGCGCGGACCCGACCAUCAUGAAGAUCGGCGACACGUACUACUCUGCCGAGUCGGCCGGCGGCGGCAUCCACGUGCGGCGCGCCAAGUCCCUCCUCGGCCUGGGCGCGUCGGACGUGGACCGCAAGCGCGUGUGGGCCGACAGCGCCGGGCUGGGCGACGUGUGGGCCCCCGAGAUCGCCGUCGGCGACGACGACGGGCGCACCUACAUCUACUUCUCGGCCGGCCAGUCGGCCGCGCACCGCAUGUACGCCAUCGCAGCCGACGAGCCCUACGGCGACUACACGCCCGCCACCAAGGUCGCCCUGCCCGACGACCAGUGGGCCAUCGACGGCGCGCCCUUCACGUUUGAGGGCCAGCGCUACUUUGUCUGGUCCGGCUGGCGCGACAGCACGACGGGCGGGGUGGAGCAGAACCUGUACAUCUGCCGCAUGGCGUCGGCCACGCGGUCGACGGGCGCGCGCUUCAUCAUCUCGCAGCCGCGCGAGCCAUGGGAGCAAGGGUCCGGGAGGCCGCUCAUCAACGAAGGGCCGCAGCCCAUCGUGGACCCCAACGGGCAGCUGCACAUCGCCUACUCGGCCAACGGCAGCUGGGAGAGCAAGUACUGCAUCGCGGACCUGCGGCUGCGCAAGGGCGGCGACCCGACGUACGUGUGGGACUGGUACAAGUCCAACGGCUGCCUGUUCGGGUCGCGCCAGGUCGACAUGAUGCAGGGCUGGGACGCGACGCUGCAGGUGGACGGGCCGGGCCACCACACGUGGGUGCUCGACGGCGGCGUCGUCGGCAACGGCACCAUCCCCAACAGCGGGAACCGCAAGGAGUUUGUGUUCCACGGCGUGCCAAAGGGCACGCCCUACUCGUGGGACAACAGGCAGUGGUUCACGGGCAGCUACGUCUGGUGGGGGCCCCAGAUCGCCUACAGCCGCGCAAACGUCCCGGGCGACAAUGUCAACAAGGGCUGGAGCUUCAAGUUUUUUGAGUGAUUCUAGUCUUUUCUUCUUUUCUAAUGUCUAGACAAUACUAAGGCCCACGUCCUGCUCCUGAUCUAUCUGUAAAUCGUGAUUCAUUGAAG